GGGGGGAAGAAGACGUCGCCGUCGUGACGUCAUGACGUAUGAAAGUGCGUAGCGACGGUUCGUCAGUUUUCCCUCCUCGCCGACCAAGCUACCCGGCUAACGCCGAUGUUUAGCUGAAGACGCGCUCAUCGUUCACCUGUCCGCGCGCCUGCUGCUUCACCUGUGCGCGAGAGGAUACUUAACGGAGACCCGAACACGCAGAACAACGUCGUUACAGAGAAGACCUAUGCGGCCCUGCUAGCAGAGCAAGAUGUUCAACAAGUCAUUCGGUACUCCCUUCGGUGGAGGGACGGGGGGGUUCGGCACCUCGUCGACCUUUGGCCAACCAAGACCUGCAGACACGGCCUUUGGGGCGACGGGAGGCUUCGGGACGUCUGCGUUCGGGGCCACCGCCAACACCGGAGGGCUGUUCGGCCCCGCGCAGAAUAAACCUGGCGGUCUGUUUGGGUCCAGUACGUUCACCCAGCCGGCAGCGCCCGCCACCAACACCGGCUUUGGUUUUGGAGCGGCGACCGGCACCGCGACCAGCUUGUUUGGGAACACCGGAACAGGCGCCAGCAGCGGCCUCUUCUCCCAGCCGAGCAAUGCUUUCGGAGCCCAGAAACCCACCACGUUUGGAAAAGUCUCCCUCCCAUCGUGUCCUCCAGGCUUUGGGACGAGCACCACCAGCGGCGGGCUGUUUGGGUCCACCAACACCGCCUCCAACCCUUUCGGUGGAGGCGGUGUCGCCUCCCUGUUUGGCGGCUCGGGGUUCACCGCCGCACAGCAGCAGCCGGGAACGACCGUAAAAUUCAACCCUCCAACAGGAACUGACACCAUGGUGAAAGGAGGCGUGACCACCAGCAUCAACACCAAGCACCAGUGCAUCACGGCCAUGAAGGAGUACGAGAACAAAUCCCUGGAGGAGUUGAGGCUGGAGGACUACCAGGCCGGCAGGAAGGGCCCGACCAACCCGAUGGCGGCGCCGACGGGCAGUCUGUUUGGCGCCGCGGCGGCGCCGCCCACCGCCGCCACCGGCCUGUUCGGCGCCGCGGCGCCCAACACCAACUUCUCCUUCGGGCAGAACAAGACCACCUUUGGAGCAGCGCCGGCCGCCGGCGGUUUCGGCGCGGCGGCCGGCGGCCUGUUCGGCCAGCCGGCCGCCCAACCGGCCAGCAGCCUCUUCAAACCCUUCGGUCAGACCACCACCGCGCCGAGCACCGGCUUCUCCUUCGGCAACACCAACACCAUGGGCCAGGCCAACACCAGCACCAUGGGUCUGUUCGGGAACACGGCGGCGCCUCAAGCGGGCGGCCUGUUCGGCGCGGCGCAGCCCAGCACCGCCGCCGGCUUCGGGGCGGCCACCGGGCUGUUUGGACAAACCAACGCAGGGUUUGGAAACGUCGGCGCGCAGCAGAGUCUGUUCGGCAACAAGGCCGCCGGGUUCGGCACCACCACCACCAGCGCCGCCCCGUCCUUCGGCACCGGCACCGGGCUCUUCGGCAACAAGCCCGCCCUCACGCUGGGGGCCGGCGCCAACACCUCCACCUUCGGUUUCGGCGCCAACCCGGCCGCCGGGAGUCUGUUUGGAACCAAGCCGGCCGCCGGAGGCCUCGGGACGGCACUGGGAACCAGCUUCGGAGCAGCAGUGGGAACAGGACAGGCGUCUCUGUUUGGGAACAACCAGAGCAAACUGGGCGCCACACUGGGAACGAUGGGAACCUUCGGCGCAACCGCAUUCAACACCGGAGCCAGCACCCUCGGCUUUGGAGCUCCACAGCAGCCAAUCGCGCUCACGGACCCCAGUGGGAUGGCCUCCCAGCAGGCUUUGCUCCAGCAGCAGCUCAGCGUCUUGGCGUACUCUCCGUACGGAGAAUCUCCGCUGUUCAGGAACCCGCUGACGGACCCCAAGAAGAAGGAGGAGCGCCUGAAGCCGACCAAUCCGACGGCCCAGAAGGCUCUGACCACGCCCACCCACUACAAGCUGACCCCCCGCCCGGCCACCAGGGUCCGCCCCAAGGCGCUGUCGGCGUCGGCCUCCAAGUCGCAGCUCUUCGACGGCCUCGACGACGACGAGCCCUCGCUCACCAACGGAGCCUUCGUACCCAGGAAGAGCAUCAAGAAACUGGUGCUGAAGAACCUGAACAGCAGUCAGUACAACAGUCCAAUCAACAAAGAGACGGACGACCUCGCUUCCCCUCCAGAGUACCCGCAGAACGGACACAGUCACAUGGAGGAGGAGGAGCGGCUGCCGGGUCCCAGCGGCCGGGUGGACGACGACCCCGAGGUCACCCAGUUCUACGUCAACCCCAUCGCUAAGCCCGUCCCACAGGGCCGCGUCCAGGCCAGCCUGCAGGACACCAUCAGCGACCUCAACAUGCACAAGCCGGCCAGGAAUGGAGGCCUGGAGCUGAGCAGCGAGGACAUGAUGGCGUCUCCUGGGGAUGAGUCUCUGCAGGAGGACCAAGAAGAGGAGGAGGAGGAGGAGCAGCAGGAGAUCCAGCAGUCUCCUCACCCGGCAGGCAUCGUUCUGAACCGCGUGGGUUACUACACCAUCCCCUCCCUGGACGACCUCUCCGAGAUGGUGGAUGAAAACGGAGCGUGCGUGGUGGACAACUUCACCGUCGGCAGGAAAGGCUACGGCUCCAUCUUCUUCCCCGGCGAGGUGAGCGUGACGGCGCUGAACAUCGACGAGAUCGUGCACUUCAGACGCAAAGAGGUCAUCGUGUACCCGGACGACAAAAACAAGCCUCUGGAGGGGGAGGGGCUGAACAGGCGAGCCGAGGUGACUCUGGACGGCGUUUGGCCGAACGACAAGACGGCGUGCACGCAGAUCCGGAGCCCCGAGCGCCUGACGGAGAUGAACUACGAGGGUCGGCUGGAGAAAGCCUCUCGCAAGCAGGGCGCUCGCUUCCUGGAGUACAGAGCGGAGACCGGAUCCUGGGUGUUCGAGGUGGCACAUUUCUCCAAGUAUGGCCUCCAGGACUCUGACGAGGAGGAGGACGUCCCCCUCAAAGCCGACCCCAAGAAGCUGAAGACGAUGUCGUCGCUCCCCGCCAGGCUGCAGCUCCCCCCCUCCCAGCAGCAGGUGGCGCCACAGGCUCAGCCUGAUGCCGUGGAGCUACCGGGCGGCGUGGCCGAGCUGGAUAGCGACAUGGCCGACAUCACCCAGAGCUUCCCGACAGAGAGCAUGCUGGGAGGAGGAGACGACGACGACCUCCCGGCGUGCGACCUGGACUGGACGAACGGGAAGCUCGGCGGUCUGAUCCCCGCGGAGAACGACGGCGUCUCCGCGUCCGGCCGCAUGGCGUCCUCGCUGGGCAUCAACCCGCACACCCUCCAGAUCAUGAAGGCGUCGCUGUUCGCCGAGGAUGAGGAGGAGAGCGACAUGAUUCAGGAUCAGCGAGUGAUGAAGGUCGACGUCUCGUCCCCUCGCAUCGUCGUGCCGGGAGCUCAGAGCCGACCCUCCGUCGGUGGGCUCCUUCAGGCCCGGUUCACCUCCGGCCUCUUCUCCCAGCUGUCGGACUCUCCUCGUCCUCCUCCUCUUCCUCGGGGGUCUCCGGGGCCCCCCUCCUUCCUGCUGCCCCCCCGCACCCCGGAGCUCUCGGUCCGGACGGUCGGCGUCCGGCGGCUGGGCGGCCCGGUGGCCCUCAAAGAGUCGGUCACCAUGGGGAAGGGCGGCCUGCUCAUGGACGCCGGGCUGUUCGCGGGCCGGUCCUUCCGGGUCGGUUGGGGUCCCGGCUGGACGCUGGCUCACUGCGGCCAGCGGCUCGGCUCGCCGGCGGCCAAACGCCCCGACCGCCACGAACGCACCAUAACAGACUUCAGCUUCCUGCCGAAACCCGCCAGGAGCAAACCGCUGAUCGAGAGCCCCUACAAGGUGGUGCUGGAGCAGCUGGCGGGUCUGGAUCCUCCCGUGAAGACCGGCGAGGAGCAGCAGAGCCAGGCGGUGCUGCAGCGCCCCCUGGAGAUCUGCCUGAAGCACUGCACCGUGGACACCAGCGACGCCUCCGCCUGCCCGCUGGUGCGCCCGCAGCCCGGCGUGGCGGCGCUGCACGAGUACGCCGAGUGGAUCGUGGAGCUGAGCGGCGAGCGAGGCGACGCCGACCCCCUCCUGGGCUACUGGUCCGAGGUCUGGACCCUGUGCGAGGCCCUGUGGGGCCGGAUGGGCCCCGCCCACCUGGAGCCCGACGCCGAGCCGCCCGGCGCCUACGAGCAGCAGCUGGAGAGGAGGCGGACCUUCUCGGCCUGGCUGUCCCGCGGCGCGGCGCGCCGGGUGGAGGAGGAGGUGGCGCUGGCCACGAAGGGCCGGCACGCGGACGCCGUCUUCAGCUACCUGACGGGGAACCGCGUCAGCGAGGCGUGUCGCCUGGCGCAGAAGGAAGGAGACCACCGUCUGUCCCUGCUGCUGUCUCAGGCCGCCGGAUCGCAGUACUGCCGGGACCUGCUGGCCCUGCAGCUCACGGACUGGAACCGCAUGCAGACCGACAGCUACCUGCCCGAGGAGCGGCUGCGCAUCUUCACGCUGCUCUCCGGGAAACCCGUGUGGCAGUCGUCCGACUCCGUGGUGAACGUCUGCUCCGAGCUGGACUGGAAGCGCUGCGUGGCCGUCCACCUCUGGUUCAUGCUGCCGCCGACGGCCUCCGUGGCCGACGCCCUCGCCAGAUAUGAAGCCGCCUUCCAGGGCUCAUGUGAGGGGGGCAAGUACGCCUGCGCCCCCCUGCCCGCGUACCUGGAGGCGGAGCAGGCGGACAUGAUGGAGGAGGAGGAGGAGGAGGCGGAGUCUAAACGUCCGCUGCACGACCUCUGCUUCCACCUGCUCAAACUCUACAGUGACAGACACUACAGCCUGCAGCAGCUGCUCGACCCGCUGGCCGUCACCUGGCAGCGGCUGGACUACCGGCUCAGUUGGCACCUGUGGGGCGUCUUGCAGGCGCUGCACUACGGCCACCUGAGCGCCGCGCGGCAGGGCCUCCUGCACACCAGCUACGCCGCGCAGCUGGAGAGCGCCGGCCUCUGGCACAUGGCCGUCUUCAUCCUGCUGCACAUCGCCGACCACACUCAGCGCGAGCGAGCGGUGAGGGAGAUGCUGACCCUUCACUGCCGCCUGCAGGAGACGGACGAGUCUCUGCGGAGGGAGCGCUUCCUGACCGAGAGGCUGCUGAUCCCGGAUCAGUGGCUCCACGAGGCCAAGGCCACCAGAGCGCGCCGCGAUGCCGACCGCCACGGGGAGGCGUGGCACCUGUACCGGGCCGGGCACUGGAGCCAGUGUCACCGGCUGCUCAUUCAGCACCUGGCCUCAGAUUGCAUCAUCAACGACAACCACGACUACCUGCUGGAGUUCCUGGAGGAGCUGGCGGUCCCUGAACACAGCGCCACCAUCCAGGACUGGGACACGGCGGGGAGGGUUUACCUGGACUACAUCCGGGUCAUCAAGACUCUGCAGGACAUCCAGCAGGUGGAGAGCUCCGGCUACGAGUUGGAGCGCCUCUACGCUGACGUCACGUCUCUCUGCAGCAGAAUCGAGCUGCUGCCCUGCAGCUCCGCCCGGGACCGGCUCGCCCAAUCAGAGAUGGCGAAGCGCGUGGCCAACAUCCUGCGCGUGGUGCUCCGGCUGCAGGCGGGCGACUCGGCCUCCGACUCGCUCGUCCUGCUGGCGCCGCACAUCAGCCGCCUGCCGAUGCCGGAGGACUACACGCUGGAGGAGCUGCGCGGCCUCACGCAGGCGUACCUGCGGCAGCUCAUCGUCGGCCAAUGAGAGCGCGGCGCCUCAAACCCGCCGGCCGCUCGACCGUCACGGAAAUCUGGGGAGAAAAAUAAACCAAAAUGGGAGCCGAGUCGUCGGUUUCCGAGCAGAGAAACGAGUCCGGCGGCUCGAUUCUGGACUUUGAUCCCAAGAAAGAAAAAAAACAUUCCUUUUUAAAAAGAAGAGAAAAACAUCUCUCGGUCGAACUGGUGACAACCGGUCGUCUACUGGUUUCCAUUUAGUCUGUUUGAACUGCAUCGCGUCCUCGUUUAUUCCUGUGAACCAACAACAACAACAACAACAAGGCGAAAAGUCGCCUUAUUCUUUGAGUUCAGCUUUUAUAAACGAUUUUAAUGCCGAGCAGAAAUAAAUGGAAACCAGCAUCAAAGACUUUCCCUCUUGAACAGUUUGUUUUUGUUUGUUUUCCCGUUGGAGUGGCGUCUUCGCAACGGCGCCGCAUGUGAGCCUUGAGUACUCGUUUGACCUCUGACCCCAAAGAAAGCGCCGCGUCAUCGAUUUAG